AUGUUGACCGGCGUGCCGCACGAAAAGCUGCAGGUCUUCCACCACUGGACUAGCUAUGCCAUGUUCGUCCUGGCUUUGGUGCACACAUUCCCCUUUAUCAUCUACCACAUUGACAAGGGAGACAUGGUCAAGCAGUGGAACACGAGCGUCACGUACUGGACAGGCGUGGCGGCCCUCAUACCGCAGGCCUAUCUGACCGUGAUGUCUCUACCUGCGAUUCGAAACCGAUUCUACGAAUUCUUCAAAGCAACCCACUUCCUCGCGGCGCUGCUUUUCAUCCUAUUCUUUUUCUUCCACUGCGACUUCCGCCUGUCUUCAUGGGACUACUUCAUCGCCGCCGGGGCAAUCUAUAUCCUCAGUCUGUCCAUAUCUCAGAUUCGCACAUACCUGAUCCAUGGCCGCCACAAAGCGAUCCUUGAUCUUCUUCCAUGCGGGCUAGUCCGCAUCCGCAUACCCACCCUGAUGACCUGGACGCCAGGUCAGCAUGUAUUCAUCCGAUUUCUCACCCCACAACUCGGCUUGCACUGUCUGACUGCUCACCCGUUCACUAUCUGCUCUGUCUCGCAUGACCCCGAGCAGAGCGGGAAGCCAUGUGAAAUGGUCUUCUAUAUCAAACCGCGGGGCGGAUUCACCGCACGACUGGCAAAGAUAGCGAGCCAACACCCGGGUGCUUCAAAGACUGUCCUCCUCGAGGGCCCGUAUGGCGGUGUACCGAAGGAAUCUAGUCCUGAAGCUACUCGGUUCGAUACGGUGGUGGUUGUAUCAGGUGGUUCUGGCGGUGGCUUUUCACUCGGCAUGGUGGAGGCCACUAUGCGCGCUGGCGUUCGGAACGGAACGAUCCAGGUAGUGUAUGCGACGCGAUCUGAGGCAGUGGCAGAGUGGUACUACAGUGAGAUCGAGAGGAUGAUGGCCAAGUAUAAGGUGUCUGCAGACCGUGUCACCACGUCCAUCCAUGUUACUAUGGACGACACAGGGAGUACAUGUGCAGCGAUUCCUGCGGACAGCGACGGAGCCAAAGGUGCAGAAGAUGUUGCGCCUGUCCCGUUGGACAACAGCGGUUCCGAGAAGGGUGAGAUACAGAAGGCCCAGCGGCCCAACCUACCUGCAAUUGUCGCAGCUGCUACUACAGCCGGUGGGAACAAGAGAGUAGGUAUCUAUGUCUGCGGCUCGGCAUCUAUGCUGCAUGAUGUGCGAAAUGCGGCGGCUGAGGCACAGAGGAGGGUUUUGGGUGACACUGUCGAGGAAGUAUAUCUGCACACGGAGCCAUUUUCCAAAACUAAGGGAACUUUCCAAAAAGUCUAUCAGGUAGCUAUUGUAUCAUUCACCCUCUUCUUCCGCAUGGCACAAUGUGUGGUGGCUGCCGUACGCGGUACUAUUGCAUCAUGCGACGAGGUGGAAACCGCGGGUUCUACCCAUGAUUCCCAAUCUACAGACGAACACCCCGACGCCACUCCCCCUGCAGCUGGCAGCACCUGGUGGGGUCCAGGUAUCGACUGGCUCAUCGAAGAUGAGCCAGAAGAUAUCUACGAGGAUUCCGCGGAGAGUGUACGCCGGUACCACUUCCUUCAUCGGCUCGGCGACUACGCAGGUAGACUAUGGAACCGACUCAGAGAGGCUGAAUCGAGCCCUGCUCGGAAGUCUGCCAUUGACGGUAGGGUCGCUCGGUUUCGUGACAAGCUAACCGAAGAGUCUCAGUACUCUUCGCCAGAAGCCCGAAGCAACACCAAAGCCCUGGAAGAUGCUGUCGAGCAUCUUCAACAACAGGGCUACGAGGUGGACCUGGAAAUGGCAAAACUGGCAAUCUUGGUGUAUAGUAAACGAAACGAAGUCUGCCACGCAAAAGUUGGAGCGGAAAAGGACCCGCGCCGUUGGACCGAGUUCCUUCACGUUGACCUGGAUUCCCUCCAACAGAUUUUGCCAGACUCGCAGUUUCGUCACUACUAUUCCACCUGGCAGCGGAUCAUUCGCUUUUACGAGGCAAGUCAAGGUAGGCAAGCACCCAGACACAAGGACGACCGGACGGAGGCCCAUCGUCAGUCUGCCGACACCUUCCCGGACCUGCGAAGUGCGACCACUCCAGAACGCGCCCAAGCGUUCCAAGGCGGCGCCUUUCAUGCUCAGCUGCAAUCAAUAUCCCGGACACCGGAGGAUCGGAAGCCCCAUACCCCGUACCUGACCCGUACGCGGUCUAGUAUGUCGGAUCUGAUUCCUUACUGCCCACGGAAACGGAGUGCCUCUGGAUCUCCUGACCCGGACGGCGGUACCCACGGGAUUGAGGACAACAAAACGGCUAGCCCCCGUCAGCCAUUCCUUGCGGCCUUUGGAGAUGCAACGGACUCAGUAAUUCUACGGAAUCUGCAUGAGGAGCUGAAGGCCAUCUACGACAAGAACCCUGGAGCUGGUCGCCGAGCCCUGGAGGGAGCCCUGCAGGGGGUUCGAAAGGCGAAGGAUAAAUUGACAGAGAAGGAGGAGGCGAUGGCAGCGAAGGCGCAGAAGAAGGCGCGACGAGCCAAGAGGCCUCGUACGGAAGAGGCCUCGGAGGACUAG